CGAGUCACGAAUCUUCAGGAAGCCAUCAGCCUCAUCAAUACUUCUGCAGGUCAAAGCUGUUCGGUAUCAUAUUUGAAGCUAUCAUAUCUCCAUGACACUUACCUUGGCCUUUGAGAAAUGAACUUCAGUAAUUUUUCAGAUGCCCCGAACCUACGUGAAGCAAAAUGUACGCCAGCAGUGGGAGGGAAAGCAUUUGGAGGCUGCCAUUAAUGCAGUCAGCAAUGAAGAAUUGGCACCUAGCAAAGCUGCUUCAGCUUAUGGCAUAUCGAGAUCAACCCUGCGCCGAUACCUUCAGGAGAGGAAAAUGAAGCAAAACCCCUAUGAGCCCUAUCCAAGUGCGCUUGUAAAGCGGCUUGGUCGAAAGGGUGAACUUGGAGAAGACGAAUAA